UUGGAGGCCCUGUCGGCCAUCGUCGGAGUGAAGGUGCGCUCCAAAAAGGACGCGUCUAAAGAGCUGCUGACGUCCUACCGGCCCAACCAGCCGCAUCCCGACGUCCUGUCCAUCACCGACCUCCUCUCGGCCGCCUGGUUUGAAGACGAGUACUGGCAGGAUGUGCAGGAGCGCAGGACGGGCACACGCACCCGGCCUGGCGCCCGCAACGACCUUUUCGUCAUGGACGACGACUUCUUCGAGCCGCGCUUCGACUGUGACUUCACGCACAUGACGGACACGGCCACUUACACCAGGGGCGGUGAAGUCUACAAGCGGCCCUACGGGUGGCGGCGGUUUGCCCUCAAGAUUCUGAACAAGUACCCUGAUGGCAACGCCUGGCUGGGGCCUGCAGGCCACCGGACCACUUCCGACCCAAACGAGUGGCCCGUGUCCUACCACGGCACCAGCAAGCCGGGUGCGGAGGGCAUCAUUGGGGGUAACUACAUGGCCGGCAGCGGGGCGGCGUACGGCCGCGGCAUCUACUCCACUCCCGACAUCGUGAUCGCUGAGACUCACGGCUACGCCAAGACCUUCACCGCCUCCAACGGCAAGAAAUACAAGGUGUGCCUUCAGAACCGCAUCAACCCCAGCGUGAGGAAGAUCACCGCCUACCCGGACUACUGGCUGGUUCCCGUGCCCGCUGGCACCCCCCCUGACCAGGAGAGAAAGAUCGUCAUGGGCGCCAUACGGCCUUAUAGCCUGCUGCUGAAGGAGGCAUAAUAAUGUCAACUGCCAACAUUAGCAUGAACAAAAAUAGCAUUAGCAAUGUAGUCGUCAAAGGUAAUUAAUAGCUGGUUCUCAAUAGAUAAUAAUGAUGGUCAUGGUUAAUUAGGAUGGUCAUUGGCAAUUAGUAAUGGUUUGGUAAUAAUGAUGAUCAUGGUUAAUAAUGAGCAAUAAUAACGAUAAUGCGGAAUUGGGCCCAGGGAUCAAUGCCAACAAGGUUCCUACUGUAGACUAAAAAAUGCAGAGAAUGCCUGCACAUCAGUAAUUCAGAUACUUGACCAAACAGAUGAGAACUUAAAAGAAAUAAUAAAAGUCUUCAUCACUAAUCUGAUCAAUGCUCGCAACAGUUUAAUAGCACAAUUUUCAGACCCUCGUGGUUGUAUUUUAGGACUAAGAGUCCGAAAAGUUGUGCUAUUAAACUUUUGGGAGCAUGUUGUGGGAGUAUGUUGUGGACCUUUAUUAUAUAUUUUCCAAACAGACCAAACUAGACUAACAAUUCAGCAACAAUGUAUUACCUGUAGUCAUGUAUAUUAAAAUAAAUGUUUUUGCUAUUGGUUGAAGUUGCAGAAUUUGCAAUGCUUCAUAAGUCAACCCUUAUGUGUGAAUUAGCAGCCGGCUUACUUGCAGACAGGCAUUGUAUUGAUGUUUUGGGGGCGUGAUGUUAUAUGGUGGUGGAGAGAAUAAACUGAUGAGAAGUAUAAA